GUGCAUCUUCCUCAUUCAUUCAGCAAAUCUACAGAGCAAAGGCGUCUACAGCAACCAAAGCUUUCCUUUAAUCACAAUUCAGUUCUAGCAGAAUGACAUACUUUGAUAAUGAAAAAACAAGAAAAAAGAAAGCAGCAGCAUUACUUCUUUUGAUGCACCUCAGAAAACAUGAGGAGGAACUCUUGCAGGCUCAGCACCUCCUCUUACAGAACACGGGGAAACCGCGGCGAAGGAGAAAACAGAGGUCUGUGUGGGUCAGGAAAUGGCUGUCUGUAAAGCGUAGAGAACGCUAUGGCCACUAUACCACUCUAUUAAAUGAACUGAAAGCAGAGGAUGAGAAGGCCUUCUACAACUAUACAAGGCUUCCCAAAGGCCUCUACGAUCAAGUCCUGAAACGGAUAGAAGGUAGAAUAAAAAAGAAGGACACAUGGUAUAGAAAGUGUCUUCCUCCUGGUCUCAAGCUGUCCAUCACUCUACGACACCUGGCCUGCGGAGACAACUAUCCAAGCCUGUCCUACAAUUUCAGAGUUGCUCCAAACACGAUCUCCCUCGCCAUAGACGAAGUUUGCGAUGCCAUCAAAGCCGAGUUUGCUGUUGGGGUGAUCCAGUGUCCUACUACAACUGAAGAGUGGACUGCCAUUGAGGAGCAGUUUGAAAAGAGAUGGCAAUUUCCACACUGCUGUGGUGCUUUAGAUGGCAAGCAUGUGGCGAUCACUUGUCCAUGGAAUACUUGCUCUGAGUACAGAAACUACAAAGGCUUCUUCUCUAUUGUCCUCAUGUCCUUGGUUGAUGCAGACUACAAGUUUCUUUGGAUUGAUGUCGGGUCUGAUGGCUCCAGCAACGACGCUAGUAUUUACAAUGGAUCAGAAUUGAAGAAAGGCCUAGAGAGUCCGAACAACAUGUUUAAUCUCCUUGAAGAGAAGUCUCUACCUGGUGAUGACGUUCCUGUCCCAUACUAUAUAGUAGGGGACAAUGCUUUUGCGAUCAACAAGCGCCUGAUGAACCCGUUUUCCAUCAGAAACAUGGAACACCACGAGAGAAUAUUCAACUAUAGACUCUCAAGAGCCAGACGUGUAGUGGAGAAUGCCUUCGGUAUUCUGGCACACAAGUUCCGAAUCUUGCUGGGGACCAUGACUCAGAGACCCGAGACAUGCAGGAAAAUCAUUACAACUUGUGUGAUCCUUCACAAUCUCAUCAGACUUAAAUAUCCAGCCACCCACACCAACCUGAUGGACGUGGAAGACCAGAACCAGGAUGUCAUCCUAGGGGCAUGGAGAAAUGACAAAGUACUUUUGGAUGUUUACCAUGAGAAGGCAAGGAACGCAGGAACCAAGGAGGGGAGGCAAAUUAGAAGAUACUUGGGCCACUACUUUACCUCAGUGGCUGGUUCUGUGCCUAGGCAGGACAAGAUGAUCAUGUAAUGUCCGACAAAGAGGGACAGCAAAAUGAACAGAGAGACAGUAACAUUGUGAUUAUGAAAACAAAUAUUUUCACAUACAUGUUUUGCAUUGUAACUACAUACAUGUGUAUGAAGUAAUAAAUUUGUGCGGUGUUUUAAACUUGUAUUUUUAAGUACUUUUUCAUUAAUUGAAUAGAGGCCUAACAUAUAGAUAGUUUAAAAAUCCCAAGUUUCCUAAAUGUAAAGUCAUAUUAAAUUAACUUUUACUUUUCGGACGACAUGAAAAAUUAAAACCGUUCCACCUCUAAUUUGCGUUCUUAACUUAAGAUACUUAGUGUAGAACUUGGCCAAUAGAUUUAACUUCCUCGAAAAUUUUAACUAAUGACAAAGGCUAGUAUGAAUUUUGGUUUGGGAUUUUAAAUUCAAGUUUUUAUUCAGGGCUCUGGGCAAUGUAUUUAACAUUGCUGGGAAUUUUAAACUUAGGAGACUGAGUGGUGUCUUCUUGGACAUCCAAAAUCUCAGUUUCUUCUGCUUUUCUUUUUUUAGAUUUGCAUCUCCCAGCCUGCUUCUUCCCUCUGCCUCUCCCAGCCUUGGGUGGCAUUUUAACUUAAAUGAAAGUGGAGCCAAAGUUGAAGUUUAUGAUCACGCAAAGUUUACCAAUGAGCAAUUGAAAUUUCCAACAGUCGGCCGAAGGUUUAAUACCCAUUGAAAGGUCACGUGACACCUUCGUGACUUGAUUCGAACGCAUCGUACUCUCAAUACGACGUCUUGUUGCCAUCAUAUUGCCUUCGUGUGUCCUUCGGGUAAACAUCUCAAUAAAAAAUCACAUUUUCAUGUAGCCUUCGUGUGUGCUUCGGGUGCCAUCGUGUGACCAUCUGUAGGUAUCGUACUUGCUUCGGCUGGUGAUUAGCUAGUGACCA